AUGUCGCUUCUAGGGUCCUUGGCAAAGGAUUCCUCAGAGACAGGUGAGGAUGUGAAGAUGGAUUCGGAUCGUGAGUCCAAUGUAGGCGAUGGCGAUGGCGAUUCGCAAUCAGGAAACUCCGAGGAUGUUGACCUUUCUUUCCCAGACAACGUGUGCCAUAUGUGUGAGCAACAGUUUGGGGCUGAAGACGAGGACGCACCAGAGGGUCACUCCUGCACAGUGCAAGCUUCAAAAGGGGAUUCUGAUGGCACAUGUCAAUGCCUCAAAUGCGUAUACAUUAAACGAGGCUCUUUCAAAGGGAUCAAGUUGCGCGCUUUCAUUGUGAUGAUGAAGCGUUCUCCUCCACUCCGCAGAAAGUUCCGUGCCCUUCGCAAACGACACGUUCAAGUCCUAUGCAAGAAUCCCAAAGCUCGUCCCAGACACGAGCAAGUGGAUGUCAAAUUGUUUGUGAAGAAAACCAGCUCCAAGUACGUGGACUUCCGGCAGGAGGGAGACUGGUAUCCGCUGAAGGAGUUCUUUGACAUGAAGGCAGAUGCAGAGACCAAGAAGAAGCUGCGCAGCAUUGUCCAGAAGCGAACAUGGCUCGAGAAGAGAGGAUUUAAGAUUCAAAAGGAUGAAACCGGCGUUGAUGGAGUGGUGGUGAUGCCAGAUGGUGGCCGGAAGAAGAUCUUGGUUGGCACUCGCAUGGCAGCCACCAAGGAGAAACGUGUUGAGCAUGAGGGCCAGACAGGUCAAGACGAAGCCUUUGACAAGUCCAAGAGUGGGUUGAAGGUUGAGAGUCAGACUCAGGAAGAAGUUGCUCAGAACUUGAAGGACGUGAGUGACAACGAUGAGGAGAUGGUGGACCCGGAGAGGGAUCAAGAGUCUGAUUCGGAAGAGUCUGGGUUUGGAUUGGAGCUCAAGAAGACAAAGAAGCGGGCUGCCCCGAAGAAGGCGGCGGCGCCUGCUACUAUGCCUCCACCCAUGCCCACUCCUCCUUCACAGGCCACUUCUGCAGGACUUGCUGACGCCUUGUCUGAGGCAACAUCUCAAGCACAAUCUGCUGCUACUGAGUCCAUGAGAUCGUCAAGAUCCGCACCAAGCAACAGGGUCAGCGGAAAAGGUGGCAAUGGCAAAGUCAAUGAGAAGACUCUGCAGCAAACCAACGCUCUUUUGGUCAGCUUGCAGCAAAUCGCGAGCCCUCUUCAUUUGUGGCAGCAGCCAGCUCGCUGCAAAGAUGCUGAUGGGAAGGUGAGGAAAGCUCUGGACCGGUGUGGUUUGCUAGAGACAGCUGACACAGACGAGGCUACCAAGCUGCAGAAUGAGCUCUCCAGAGUGGCCACUUGUGUCAGUGAAUGGAUCGAACUAAUUGCUCAGUUCAAGAACGAAGACAGCAAGGAGUCCAAGCAGCCUAUGUCAUCAACUUUAUCCACUCACGCUUCCCAGUUGUGCACUUGCCUUGAGGGCCAGUCAGCUGAUUGCGUGAAAGCAAUCCUCUUGGACCUUGGAAAAAUGCUGAUUGAGGCGUGCCUCUCCAAUGAGACGCCCGGUUCUGAUGAGCGUGCGGCAUUCUUCCAUUUCAUUUCCAUGGAGCCCAUUACGGAAGAUGAGCUGCCAGCCUCACCUGGCAUGUUCAAUUUGGGGCUGGUUCUCAAGAAGAAAAUCUGCGACGGGGGCAUUUUGCUGCAAAUUCAAGCCUCUCUCUUCAACUCGUGGAUUGACAAGUUGAGGACAGUUCCCAGUGACGUGACCUCCUUGAUCUUGUCUAGCUUGCCGACGAAGUACAACAUUGCCGAGGUUCUCAGGAUUCCCAAGCCGGAUUCUGAAGAGAAGCUGGCAGCUUUGACAAUUGAUGACACCGCCCUUUCAACGAAUUCCACCGGAAUGUCGAUCAGAGUUUUGACAGACCUUCAGAAGUUGUAUGCGUGUCACAUGAUGUCAGACGAGGAGAAACCUUUGCACUCCUUCGGCCCAAGUGAGAAGAACCUCAUGAAAAGGAGAGUUGCUGUGGAUCAUUAUUCAGCCAGGCUGAAUUUGCUGUUCAGGAGCAACAAUGCACUGAGGAAAAUGUGGGCAGAAGGCAUCAAUCUUUCCAAGACUUCCAUCUCCAACGAGCAGGCCAACGCUAUGUGCAAGGAUCUUUUGGUGAAGGGGGGCCAGUCUUCGGGAUGUAUUGAAGUCAGAGAGUGA